CUCCUCCACUCUCAUAAUCUCUCUUACUCAAUUCUGAAAAUUUUGAAUCCGUUUGUUUCUUUGGUCUCAAAUCUACAACAUCUCUUCCAGAUUGAUUUGUACUUGUAUUUUGGUUUGGGAAGUAGGAAAUGGCGGAGACUUGCUCUCGAAAGCUGGUGGUGGAAAUCUGUAAUGCCAAGAACUUGAUGCCUAAAGAUGGACAGGGAACGGCCAGCGCCUACGUGAUUGUGGAUUUCGAUGGCCAGAGGCGAAGAACAAAGACCAAAUUCAGAGACCUCAACCCGCAAUGGGACGAGACUCUCGAGUUUCUGGUUCAAGAUCCUGAGUCUAUGGCCUCUGAGAUUCUGGAGAUCAAUGUUUACAAUGACAAGAAGACCGGAAAACGCACUACUUUUCUUGGAAAAGUGAAGAUCGCUGGUUCCACUUUUGCAAAAGCAGGAUCUGAAGAUUUGGUUUACUAUCCAUUGGAGAAGAGGAGUGUUUUUUCUCAGAUUAAGGGCGAGAUCGGGUUGAAGAUUUCGUAUGUCGAUGAGGAUGUUCCGCCUGAACCAGAGAAGGCUGCGGCGGAGGAGAAGAAGCCCGAUGAGGCAGCGGUCGCACCGUCGGAGCAGAAAACCGAUGAUGCAGCCGCCGCGCCUGCGGCGACUGAGGAAAAGGCGCCGGAGAAGGAAGAGGAAAAGAAAGCAGAUGAGAGUAAUAAGGAGGCUGCUGAUCAGAAACCUGCGGAACCACCUAAAGAUGAGAAAGCAGAGGUGGCUCCAGAAGCGGCGGCGUCACCCCCGGCGGAGGUUGAGAAUCCUCCCGUGGCUCAUAACGAGAAAGCGAUACAGACAAAGGAAACAACGGAGACCGAGAAACGGCCGGAUCUUGGAGUCAGUGACCUGGAACUGCGUUCUCUUGCCGGCGAUCGCAGCCGGAGAGCGUACGAUCUCGUGGAUCGCAUGCCUUUUCUGUAUGUGCGUGUUGUUAAGGCUAAAGGAGCGAAUUUCGAAGCGGAAUCCACCGUCUACGCCAAGCUUGUGAUCGGAACACACAGUGUGAGAACCAAGAGUAAAAGUGAUAAGGACUGGGAUCAGGUCUUUGCAUUUGACAAAGAAGGCCUUAACUGCACGUCUCUGGAGGUUUCUGUAUGGGUGGAGAAGAAGGAUGGUGAAAACUGUACGGAGACUUCCAUCGGCGCCGUGUCGUUUGAUUUGCAGGAAGUGCCAAAGCGAGUGCCCCCGGACAGUCCUCUUGCUCCCCAGUGGUACACUCUAGAAGAUUCAUCGGAGAAUUCGCCGGGAAAUGACAUCAUGCUUGCCGUAUGGAUCGGAACUCAGGCGGACGAGGCUUUUCAGGAGGCAUGGCAGUCGGAUUCCGGCGGGUUGAUACCAGAGACCCGAGCCAAGGUCUACCUGUCUCCGAAGCUGUGGUAUCUGAGACUAACGGUCAUCCAAAGCCAAGAUUUGCAGUUAGGUUCGGGUCCCGAAGCUAAAGCCAAGGGUCCUGAGCUGUACGUAAAGGCUCAGCUCGGCGCACAAGUGUUUAAAACGGCUCGAACGUCAAUCGGCUCCUCAAAUCCAACUUGGAAUGAGGACCUUCUUUUUGUGGCGGCUGAGCCGUUUGAGCAGUUUUUAGUAAUGACUGUGGAAGAUGUGACAAGUGGGCAGCCAGUGGGGCACGCCAAAGUACACGUGCCCAGCCUUGAUAGGCGCACUGAUGACAGAACCGAAUCCAAAUCUAGAUGGUUCAAUCUAGUGGGCGAUGAGAAGCGACCAUACGCAGGGAGGAUACACGUGAGAGCGUGCCUGGAGGGUGGGUAUCACGUGCUAGAUGAGGCCGCUCACGUGACCAGUGAUGUUCGAGCCUCUGCCAAACAACUCGCCAAACCACCGAUAGGAUUGCUGGAAGUUGGGAUUCGCGGAGCCACCAAUCUGCUGCCAGUAAAGUCAAAGGACGGUACGCGCGGCACCACCGAUGCAUACGUGGUGGCCAAAUAUGGCCCCAAGUGGGUCCGAACACGAACAAUCCUCGAUCGUUUUAAUCCACGCUGGAACGAGCAGUACACGUGGGAUGUUUAUGACCCAUGUACGGUACUUACGAUAGGCGUCUUCGACAAUGCGAGAUACAAGCAAGAUGAAGCGGGAAAGCCCGGAAGAGAUAUAAGGAUGGGGAAGAUACGCGUACGGCUCUCGACGCUCGAUACGAAUCGCGUGUACACAAAUUCGUACUCCCUGACGGUGCUGCUUCCAGGUGGUUCCAAGAGAAUGGGGGAGAUCGAAAUUGCUGUUAGAUUCUCAUGCUCGUCGUGGCUCAAUCUCAUCCAGGCGUACGCUAGCCCCAUGCUGCCUAGAAUGCACUACGUGCGCCCGUUGGGCCCGGCUCAGCAGGAUAUCCUGCGCCACACCGCAAUGAGGAUCGUCACGGCUCGUCUCGCCCGGUCCGAACCGGCAUUGGGUCAGGAGGUGGUUCAGUACAUGCUGGACAGUGACACGCACGUGUGGAGCAUGCGGCGGAGCAAGGCUAACUGGUUCCGUGUCCUGGGGUGGCUGUCGAGAGCGGCGACCCUGGCGCGGUGGCUCGAUGGAAUCCGCACGUGGGUCCAUCCACCCACCACUAUAUUAAUGCACGUAUUCCUGGUGGCUGUCAUCCUCUGUCCUCACCUUGUUCUCCCAACUGUAUUCAUGUACGCUUUCUUCGUCAUCGUAUUGAGAUUUCGGUACCGCCGGAGAGUCCUACUCAGCAUGGACACACGGCUCUCGUACGCUGAGGCGAUCAGCGCCGACGAACUCGACGAAGAGUUCGACAGUUUCCCAACAAUGAAGUCUAUAGAUCAAGUCCGACAAAGAUACGAUCGGCUGCGGAUCUUAGCGGGUCGAGCCCAGACGCUGCUGGGUGACGUGGCGGCACAAGGUGAGAGGUUAGAGGCGUUGUUCAACUGGAGGGACCCAAGAGCAACAGGACUGUUUGUGGUGUUUUGUUUAGUGGCAUCGUUGGUGUUCUAUACGGUGCCGUUUAGGGCAUUUGUGCUGGGUUGGGGCUUCUAUUAUCUGCGCCACCCAAGGUUCCGUGGUGAUAUGCCGUCGGUGCCGUUCAACUUUUUCCGGCGACUCCCGUCGCUCUCCGACCAGAUUCUCUAGGUUGACGUCGGACACUUGUGAUGAUUUCAUUUGUUCUUUAUUUUUGGAUGUUGCUGAUGUGGAUUAUUAUUGUUCUAAUUUAUUGGUUUUGAAUGGAGGAAUAAAGAGGCGAGCAUUAAAAGUAGGCAAAAAGUGAUUCUUGGUAAGCGUGGAAAAAGUGGGUGGUAGCGCUUGUGGGGUAUAUAGCCUUAAAGGCAGCGUUUAGAAUCGGGAAUUGACCGUUGGAGAGCCAUGUUUUUUGGGA